UCGUGAUCUUCGUUGGGUUUCUACCUUUGAUUUGAUUCAGUUCUCUCUCUUGGAUUUACUAGCAGCAUAUCUGCAUGUGCAUUUACUCGGCAGCAUAUCUCUAUUGUCUAUAUAUAAAUACAAAAAUCCGGCCUUCCAGAAUCCACAUUACAUGUUGUUCAUUCAUUUUCCAUGAGUUUGUUUUGUUUUAUGUUUUACUGUAUGAAUUGCAUCCCCAUAUGCUAAAUUGUUACUGUCGGACUCAGACAAGUCGUUUAUCUUGUGAAAUUAAAUCGUGUCUUUUACUGCAACUGCGUUUAUUACAAGUCUCUUUCUCUCUCUCUUUCUUUCUUUUUCUUUCCUUUUCUUUCUGCACUUGCGUCUUUGCGUUCAUUUGGCUAUUAUUAUUCGAAGUUGGUGGGUGAGAGAGGGAGAGGGUUAUUAUUUCUAGGGUUUUAAGAAAUAUGGAGGCUGCUUCUUCUUCCUCCUCAAAGGGUUUCAUGGCAAAUGUGGAGCAACCCCAUGUUUUAGCCGUCGAUGACAGUCUCGUCGACCGAAAACUGAUUGAAAAGCUGCUCACAAAUUUGUCUUGCAAAGUGACAACUGCAGAAAAUGGGGCAAGUGCAUUGGAGUUUUUGGGCUUGGGAGAUCAACACAAUAGCUUGGAGAGUAAUGGAGAAGGGUCUUGUUCUUACCUGCAGGUCUCAAACUCAAAGGUAAAUCUGGUAAUUACUGACUAUUGUAUGCCAGGAAUGACAGGCUAUGAACUGCUCAAGAAAAUCAAGGAAUCAUCAAUCAUGAAGGAAGUUCCAGUGGUGAUUAUGUCGUCUGAAAACAUACCGAAUCGGAUUAACAAGUGCUUGGAGGAAGGAGCUCAAAUGUUCAUGCUAAAGCCACUCAAACAGUCAGACAUGAAGAAAUUGAGAUAUCAUUUGAUGAACUGCAGCAGCUAGAAAAACAAUUACCUUUUCCUUUUUUCUGGAGGAAAUUGGAAAUAGCCUAAGAACUAGUUUACUAAGUUUUUGUGCAACGUAGCAUGGUAUGCACCGGAGAUUUAGACUGUUAGAUAUUUUUUAGUUUUCCUCGUCAUGACAUAGGAAUUUCCUUCAAUGCUAAUAUUUAAUUUUUGGGUUU